UUUAACUGCGCCCGAGAAAGGGAUGGGAUGAAGUGAUCAACCUGUCGAAACAGAUAUCUACUGAACCAUGACCAGUGCGCUGAGAUGUUCACUCCCCCCUUCCUGUUGUACGCUGUCAAAAGAGUCAAUCAUACAGAAAAUCAGUAGAGACGGGACAAGUUUCUGUUGGCGACAGACACUUAUCGAUCAGCACAUCGAACACCACAACCAGUCUGGCAAGAGCGACAAUGACUGGCACUCAGAACGCGCCAAAGAUGGCUUGUGAAAGCGGUAGUGAUGAGACAAGGGGAACGCAAGAACUUACACCGCUGAAACUAUACAUUGACUUGCCCCUCCGGGCGGACCCGUGGGCGGCAUUGAGUAUCGAUGUUAAGGUCGAUAAGCCUGAUCGUCCACUUCUCGAUCAUGUGGGCAAGCAGAGCGACCUGGCAAUCGGCCUUGUCAAAACGCCGCUGAGAGCUCAGCUGUGA